ACUUAAGGAAACCCUAGAUUUUGAUUGACCUUCAUAGUACAGCAGCAAAAUUUGACAUAGAGCCACACGAGGGUCAAGGGCUGCAGCACAGGUUACAUCGACUCCGACAUCGGAGUUGCAGCCCCUCUCACCCCAAAAUAAAUAUCUCUCUCUUCUUAUCCCACCAAUUAGUAUUUCAUUUCAUUUAAUUUAAUCCAUCAAAAUCAAACCUUUCACUCACUCUUGUUUCCCACAAGAAAAAAAAAUGGGUUCUUUGUGACCUCAUUUUCUUGGGAGUUUUAGGUUUUAUUUAAUAUUGAAACCCCCCACCUCACCACAGUAGGAAUAAAGAAGGGGAGAUGGCUCAACAAAAUGGGCAGGUAAUAGAAGCUAGAGUUCUUGAUGAUAUAAUAAACAGGCUAUUGGAGUUUAGGAAUGCAAGAACUGUUAGGCAGGUUCAGCUCUCUGAGGCUGAGAUUCGCUCUCUCUGUGUUGCUUCUAAAGAUAUCUUCCUUCAGCAGCCUAAUCUUUUGGAGCUUGAAGCCCCUAUCAAGAUCUGCGGUGAUAUUCAUGGACAGUAUGGUGAUCUUCUGAGGCUUUUUGAAUAUGGUGGAUUCCCUCCUGAGGCUAAUUAUUUGUUUUUAGGGGACUAUGUGGACCGUGGCAAACAGAGUUUGGAGACUAUAUGCCUUCUACUUGCUUACAAAAUUAAAUACCCAGAGAACUUCUUUCUCUUAAGAGGGAAUCAUGAAUGUGCUUCUAUUAACCGGAUAUACGGAUUUUAUGAUGAAUGCAAGCGCCGAUUCAAUGUGAGGCUGUGGAAAACCUUCACUGAUUGUUUCAACUGUCUUCCUGUGGCAGCUCUCAUAGAUGAUAAAAUACUUUGCAUGCACGGUGGCCUUUCUCCUGACCUAACAGACUUAGAUCUGAUACGGAAUUUACCUCGUCCAACGGAUGUUCCAGAUUCCGGUUUGCUUUGUGAUUUACUUUGGUCAGACCCUAGUAGGGAAGUUAAAGGUUGGGGAAUGAAUGACAGGGGCGUCUCAUUUACCUAUGGUCCUGAUAAAGUGGCAGAAUUCUUGACGCACCAUGAUAUGGACCUUGUUUGUCGUGCUCAUCAGGUAGUGGAGGACGGCUAUGAAUUUUUUGCUGAAAGGCAGCUAGUUACAGUAUUUUCUGCACCAAACUACUGUGGCGAAUUUGAUAAUGCUGGUGCAAUGAUGAGUGUGGAUGAAAAUCUGAUGUGCUCUUUCCAGAUUUUGAAGCCAACAGAUAAAAAACCUCGGUUCUUAUGAAGCAAAAGGUGAUAACUUAUGUAUGUGCUCUCCCAGUGGCACUUAAGAAAUUCUUGUGUGCUGGGAAAGAGCAAGUUGAAGAUCCUGGCUUCUGUAAUGUGCAUCAUACAAGCAUGUUUUCCAAUGAGGGGAAGCAGCUGGUUCAGUUUAGGACAAUGUGUAUUGAGAUGAAAAUUUAACUGUAGUUUGGAUGGUGGCCUCAAAGCCAGAGUACUUUUCUUCUGUUUUUCUUGGUGGGUCGUUUAUCUUAUUUAAAAUUUGCUCGUGCAAUCUAUGAUUUGACGUGUAAAUACAUUCCGUUUGUAAUCGCAGUGCAAUCUUGUUUAAGUGGGUGAUGCUAAAAAGUUUGUCUCUUUUUCCAGCCA